AUGAAUGUUUUUGAUGCAUUAUCUUCCACCAUUUUGACAGGAGGGAAAGGAUUCAUGUUCACAGUCUUCGACAUUCAGGCUGGGGCUGUUCACUACCAUCAUGAUGACAGUGAUUCUACUAAGGACUUUGUGGUAUUUAGGAUUUUUGAUGGCCUCCACAGUAUUCGCCAUAAGUUUCCAAUCAACAUCCUCCCUAAAGAUGACAGCCCCCCAUUUCUCGUCAGCAAUGUGGUCAUUGAAGUUCAUGAGGGACAGACAAUCCUGAUUCAGGGCUCCAUGCUUCAUGCUUCUGACAUGGAUUCCAGUGAUGAUUACAUUCUAUUCAAUAUUACCAAGCCACCACAGGCUGGAGAAAUCAUGAAGAAACCAGGACCAAACUCAAUAGGGUAUUCUGUCAGCAGUUUUCUUCAGAGGGAUCUAUUUAAUGGAAUAAUUUACUACCAUCAUUUGGGAGGAGAAGUGUUUGAAGAUUCGCUUGAGUUUGUGCUCUGUGAUAGCCAUGACCCUCCCAACCUCUCAGAGCCACAGGUGAUGAUGGUGCACAUUAUCCCUGUGGAUGAUCAGCUACCCAGAGAAGCCCCAGGAGUGACCCGUCACCUCGUUGUUAAGGAGACUGAGAUUGCUUACCUAACUAAGAAACAUCUCCACUUCAUAGAUGUGGAAGAGCAAGACAGGGAACUCACAUACACCAUAACCACUUCCCCAUUUUUCUCUUGCACACAUGGCCACUCGGACGCUGGGAAGCUGUUUAUGGUGGACACCAUCCCCAAGCUGGUCAAGGAUCCUGCUGCUCUUGCACUGCAGUCGUUUACUCAGCAUGCUGUGAACUAUAUGAAAGUUGUCUACAUGCCACCGCUGCAGGACAUUGGGCCUGAACCUCAGCAAGUCCAGUUUAUUUUUUCUGUCAGCAAUCAGCACGGUGGCACUUUGUAUGGGAUCUGCUUCAAUAUUACAAUUCUUCCUGUGAACAAUCAAGCCCCAGAGGUUUUUACAAGCCAUUUGAGAGUGGAAGAGGGUGGCCUGACCCCUGUCACAGAGGGACACAUUCGCAUCUCCGACGUGGACACAAAGCGGGAGCAUCUCCUCCUCCUCCUGCGGAGACAGCCUCAGCAUGGGGCGGUGGAGCUGGACGGCAUUCCCAUGAACGAAGGCGACAGGCUUUCCUGCGGGGAGCUGCGUGCCCUGGCAGUCAGGUAUCGGCAUGAUGGCUCUGAGACUCUGACUGAUGAUGUCCUCUUUGCAGCCACAGAUGGUAUCCACUUUGUAGAGUUCAUCCUGCAGGUCAAGGUGUUGCCUGUGAAUGAUGAGCCACCAGUUAUGCGAACAGGCCUUCUUCCUGUGCUCCACUGCCUGGAAGGUGAAGAAGUAGUCCUCUCCUCGGAGUACAUUUAUGCCACAGAUGCAGACACUGAUGACAUGAAACUGACGUUCAUGCUGGCUCGCCAGCCCUACCAUGGGGUAGUGAGGAAAGCUGGCAUUGCUGUGGAUCGUUUCUCCCAAGCUGAUGUCAUCUCUGGCUUAGUCACAUACAAGCACACUAGUGGGGAGAUUGGCCUGAUUCCUGCCAUUGACGUCUUAACCUUCGUGGUUUCUGAUGGUGAGGUUAGCCUAGAUGUGAAAGACUGCUGUUAUGAUGGACCUCUUCCUCCGGUUCCACUUCAUGAUCUGUUUCCAGUAUAUGACCUUAACAUCACCGUACUUGCAGUGGACAACCAGCCUCCAUCAAUUACCACUGGUGCAAGGUUUGUGGUGGAGGAGGGCUCCUCAGCAGCCCUUACCACCAGCCACUUGUUUGCCACUGACCCUGACACCACGGCAGAUGACUUAGAGUUUGUCUUGGUUUCUCCUCCUCAGUUUGGUUACAUUGAAAAUGUACUGCCUUCUCCUGGGUAUGAGAAGAGCAACGUUGGCAUAAGUAUAGCUUCAUUUCAGCUGAAGAACCUGAAGGCCCUGAACAUAAACUAUGUACAAGCCAGGCACAUGGGAAUGGAGCCAACAGCAGACCGCUUUGUACUUUAUGUCACUGAUGGGCUGCAUCGCUCAGCAGAGACUCCAUUUUUUGUGUUGAUCAACCCAACCAAUGAUGAAGUCCCAGAAUUCAUAGCAAGGAAUAUUACCGUUCAAGAGGGGGAGAUGAAAGAGCUGGAUCUUUCUGUUAUCAAUGCAGUUGAUCUGGACGUGCCUCAAGACCGUCUGGUAUUCGGAGUUGUGCAGAGGCCCUGGUAUGGGUUCCUUAUUAAUGGAAUCCAUGGAAAUGAUAUUCUACAUUAUAAAAAGCUAAUUAACCACGACCACCACAGCCAUGGGUUGCUUGUUCAGGACUUUUCCAUGGAGCUACUGAAGAAUGGAAUGAAGCUGAUGUACAUGCAUGAUAAUUCGGAAAACCUCACGGACAGCUUUAAAAUCCAGCUAUCUGAUGGGAAACAUACAGUCCUCAGAACCAUUUCAGUAAAGGUCAUUCCAGUUAAUGAUGAGAAACCAGUGCUGAGCAAGAAGAAUGAUAUAGAGGUGAACAUGGGUGAAACUCGUAUCAUUUCUAGUGCCAUUCUGUCAGCGGAAGAUAAAGAUACUCCCAGGGAGAGAAUUUACUACUUAUUUGAAAGACUUCCAGAAAAUGGUCAGCUUCAGCUCAAGGUAGGCCAAGGCUGGAUGACUCUCCAAACUGGAAUGAAGUGCACUCAGGAAGAACUGGAUAUGAACCUUGUGAGAUAUGUCCAUACAGGAGCUGUAGGGUCCAAGAACCAAGACAGCUUCACAUUUUAUCUGUGGGAUGGGUACAACAGAUCCCCAGCUGUGGACUUCUACAUAAAUAUCAAGGACAUGGAAAAGGGAGAUAUUGGUGUUUUCAUGAAACCUCUUAGAGUGACGAAAGGGGACCAGGGCUGCAUUACGACUGAUGUCCUCCUUGCAGUGGAUGGUACUGACAAGCCAGAGGAGCUCCUCUAUGUGAUAACAUCCCCACCCCAGUAUGGACAAAUAGAGUACGUCAGCUAUCCUGGCAUCCCCAUUACGAGCUUCAGUCAAAUGGAUAUAGCAAGGCAGAUAGUCUGCUAUGUUCACAACACAAAGGCAGUUGUUCCUGAAGACACAUUCAGAUUCAUCAUCAGCAAUGGCCUGAGGACUAAGCAUGGGACAUUCAUGAUCUCCUUGGAGGCAGUCGACCAAGCUUUGCCCACACUGUCUAGGAACAUGGGGUUAAGAUUAGUGGAAGGCACUAUGGCACUACUUUCUCCUGAUGUCCUGCAGCUUUCAGAUCCAGACACUGCCAAAGAAAACCUUACCUUCCUCUUGGCUCAGCUCCCCCAAUACGGUCAUCUCUAUUACCGAGGGGCUGUGCUACUGCAGUACAACUUCACCCAGCAAGAUGUGGACAGCAGGGAUGUUGCAUACAAGCAUGGAGGUGGGGAUUCCCAGAUUGACAGAUUUACAUUCGUUGCGACAGAUACGACUAAUCAAGGCUUCAUCGUGAAUGGGAGGGUGCAGAGCGAGCCAGUGGCAUUCACCAUUCAGGUGGAUCGUGUGGACAAAAUGGCACCAAAAAUUAUUCAUCUCCGUUGCUUUUCUGAUGUGGAACUGCUGAAGAACGGCAAUUAUGGGAUCUAUAUUACUGCCAGGUCCCUGAAGGCAUCUGACCCCAAUACAGAAGAUGGCAAAAUAAUUUUUAAGAUUUUACGAGGUCCUCAUUAUGGCUACCUGGAAAAUAUAACAACAGGUGGAUUUAUUCGGGAAGAGUUUAGCCAAAAGGAUUUAAACAGCAAAAUCAUACUUUAUGUCAUCAAUCCUUCGUGGGAAGUGAAUUCAGACAACUUCGAGUUUCAAGUCACAGAUGACAGUGGAAACUCCGCGGUGCCCCAAAGGCUGGAGCUGCGGUGGUCCCGGAUUGAAAUGCAACAGACCGAAUACGAAGUGUGUGAGAGCGUGGGAGCAGUGUCUCUGAGAAUCGCCAGGGCAGGACACUCUGCAGAGUCUGCCUUUGUCACAGCGAAGGUCAAGGAAAUAUCUGCUAUGCUGGGAAAGGACUUCACAGUGACUCCCUCCAAGCUUGUUCAGUUUGAUCCAGGAAUGUCAACCAAGACGUGGAAUAUAGCAAUUACCUAUGAUGGAUUAGAGGAAGAUGAUGAAGUCUUUGAAGUAGUUCUGAACUCCCCUGUGAAUGCUGUUCUUGGCACCCGGACAAAAGCUGUAGUGAAAAUUUUGGACUCAAAAGGAGGUCAGUGCAGAUAUUCCCAUUCUUCUGGCCAAGGCAAGCACGACUUCUGGGGUAGAGGCAUACUGUUUCCAGUUUCCUCGGGCUCCUCAUCACUUCCCAGGCCUGGCACUGCUCCCUUGGAAGGAAUCCCACUGCCUCCUUCCAAAGGGAUGAGAGAACAUGGAGGGGACCCGUGGCAGGAACACAGCUUGGCGAAUCAGUCAAGGACCACGCUGAGAGUGACUGGAAAUGGCAGAAUGGUUCAUCCUUCAUCUGUAUUUAGAAAUGGAACUGAUGUGGUUUUCAAAUAUCACGGGAUGGUAUCACUCAAAAUAGAGGAUGACACCUCAUCAGCUAAAGCAAACAAGAAGGCUCAAGUGUCAGUAAUUAACCAAGCACAGCCACAGAUAAAUGUCGUCUCCUCUAGGAAGACAGACAUCCCACAAGCUGAUAAGGCAGAACUGGCAUCUGAACCAAGCUCAAGACCUCAGGACUCCUACUCUUUUCCAAAGGCCUGUACACCAGAUUUAAAGGGGCUCUUGCAUUACGAAGAAAGCACUCAAAAGUUAUUUCAGUGUGAUGGGAUAAUAUGGAAAUUCUGGAAUUCCCAAAGCAAGGAAAGAAUGAAGAAAUGUCCCUCCGGAUGGACCCAUCACAUGGGCAGCUGCUACCUCCUGGUAGCGAAUCACAAGGUGACCUGGAACACCGCUGCUCGGGCUUGCAGAGAACAGUAA